AUGGCAAACCCAACAUCGCAGACGUACUUACCAAGCAAGACCAUAAAGACUGAGUAUCCCCUCAUAGACAAUGACCCACAUUUCAAGCGGGUGAUUGCCUAUGCACGGCCAUCCGACUACGCCUUCGGCGCAGUCGCAGCUGCGGCUGGCCCCGGCCUGCUCUGGACGAUGGAGAGGCUCGCACCGUCGUACGCUGGACGAGGAGCCUUUGCGCGCGUGAUGCGACUCGCCGGGUUCAUCGGAAUCUGCGGCGGUUUCUUGUCCUUCUACCAACGAUCAAUCAUGAGAUUCUACGGCAUGAGCGAGAACGCACGAGAGGUCGAGCUGGACAUGCGGGAGAUGGUCGACAAGGUCAAGCGCGGCGAGCCCCUCUACGGCGUGAGCACGCUGAGCCCUCACAUGCAGGGCGUCGCGGCGCGGCAGUCGAGGUACUCGGCCACCUUCUUCGAUGCCGUCCCGUGGUUCAACUUUGUCAACCACAACCAGCACGGCGUCGACACUGCCAAGUACUACCAGCAGGCGGAGAAGGAGCUCGAUGCGGAGAGCCGGGCCAAGGGACAAGCGGAGGUUGCGCAGCUGGGCUAA